CAUCUUUCAUACAGGCAAGAUGGUGACCUACAAGGUGACAGUUUAUACUCCCAGACAGAUAAUUGCUGAGAAAAUGAACAGCAUUUACCUGACGCUGAUAGACUCAAAGAAUCAGAGCAGUGAAAGAGUCCUGGUCAACAAAUCCUAUUUAGAUGUUUCUUUGGCGUCUGAAAGGGAGUUCUCCUUCGACGUCGGUGUGAAGAAGGACCUUGGAGACAUUGUCCUGGUGAAACUUGAAAAGGAGUGCUAUGUCAAUUAUCACUGGUUUUGCAAGCAUAUCAUAGUGAAAACACCCUCUGGAGAAUGCCUUAAGUUCCCCUGUUAUUCCUGGAUAGAAGACGAAAAGCCAAGGAUUUUCCGAGAAGGCACUGCUCGAUUGGCUCAGGAUGACAGCGAAUUUCUUAAAAAGAAAAGAAGAGAACAACUGGAAUAUAAACAGAGAAUUCAGCUGGGACGAGAAAAACGCUACCGAAGGCUACCCUAAGAACAUGGGUAAAGUUCCUCGAAAAAUUGAGUUCGAUCCAGCAAAACAGUCGGAGUUUCGAAUCAAUUUCGUUAAAGCGGGCCUGGAAUAUGGUCUUGACAUGGCUAGACGUUUUUUUAAGUCCUGGAAAGACGUUGCUGAUUUUAAAGAUGUAUUGGCAGAUUAUACUGACAAGGACACUCUAGAGAGAGUGAUGCGAGACUGGAGUGAGGAUUACAUGUUCGGCUAUCAGUUUCUGAACGGCUGCAAUCCUGUCAUGAUCAAGAAGUGCAUGGAAAUCCCAGACAAAUUUCCAGUCACACAUGAGAUGGUGAAGGACUCUCUGGAGAAAGGGGUCACUCUACAAGAGGAAUUAAAGGCGGGAAACAUCUACAUAGUGGAUUAUGAAAUCCUGGAGGCAGUGGAAACACUCAAACCCAAUCACUAUUUGACUGCACCCCUCUGCCUGCUGUACAAGAACAGACUGGACCAAAUGGUGCCAAUUGCCAUUCAGCUCAGUCAAACCGCAGGGGAAGAGAGCCCGAUCUUUCUCCCGAGUGAUAAUGAACAUGAUUGGAUGCUUGCCAAGAUGUGGGUGAAAUCUGCCGACUUCCUUGUACACCAGUUGGUCACACACCUUCUCAAGACACAUCUGAUGUCAGAGGUUUUUGAAAUUGCCAUGCACAGACAGCUCCCUCCAGUCCACCCUGUAUACAAGUUACUGAAACCUCAUGUUCGUUUCACAACUGCAAUCAAUGCAGUGGCUCGUGAAAGACUCAUCAGUGAAGGCGGGGUCAUCACCCAGAUUACUAGCCUCAAUAGAGCUGGGAUAGAUAGAGUGAUUGUCAGUGCCAUGAAGACUUUAACCUACGAGUCCCUGUGCUUCCCUGAGGCCAUAGAAGCUCGAGGAAUGAAAGAUGUGCCCAAGUACCAUUAUAGAGAUGAUGGCAUGAAGAUCUGGGAGGCAAUACUAAAUUUUGUGUUUGCUGUGGUUGAAAUCUACUAUGACAGCGAUGAGAAAGUUCAAGGAGAUGAGGAGAUUCAAGGAUUUGUGAAGGAUUGCCACAUUGGCAUGCAAAGACCUCACAUCACUCUGAACACUCGAGAGGAGUUAGUCAAGUACCUGACCGUUGUGAUAUUCACAGCUUCAGCACAACAUGCUGCGGUCAACUUUGGACAGUUUGACUGGUAUGGCUGGAUCCCCAACAGUCCUUCCACCAUGCGCAAACCGCCUCCCAAACAGAAGGGCACAGUGGAUAUGAAGUUUAUCAUGGAGAGUCUGCCUGAUCGUGGAUGUUCCAGCAAGGCUAUAGGAACCGUUUGGGCCCUCAGUCGCUUCCAGGAGGAAGAGCGGUACUUAGGUGAUUAUCCAGAUAUGGGCUUCACCGAAAAACCAGUGAAGGAGGCCAUAAAGACUUUCCGCAAGAAACUAGGUGAGGUGGCCAAAGAAAUCAAGAGACGGAAUCAGGGAUUAAGAUUGGAAUAUUGUUAUUUGUCCCCAGACAGAAUCCCCAACAGUGUUGCAAUUUGAGAAAAUAUUGUGCCAGGCCUACAUAGUGUUUACGGCCAAUGAUGUGCUUGAUAUAAGAGAGAAGAACAGCUCUACUUAAGAAUUGUAAAACAAAAGCAUUCUGCAUUUUGAGGCAAUUUACAGAAAUUCUGUUUCAUUAACUCUUUUUGUAUUUGACUCUGUUAAUGGGAAAUAAGGGAUAUUACUUUGAAAUGCCAUCUGUGCACUUAUAUGCAUGUUAUCUGAGGGGUGAUUGUCUGGUUCACGCCAGGAAAGCAGAACAGUUUAUUUGGCAAUAUGCUUUAAAGAGCUAACCUUGUGCUAUAAUCCAUUUAUUAUUGUCUUUCUUUUUUUAUUCUUUUCUUUAAUCAUAUAAACUAUCCAUACUGUGGUAUUCAUUUACUCCUCUUUUGAUUGAUUUAUUCAUAUUCUUUAUUGCUCAGAUAAUCUAUGGUUUUUAGUCUAUUUUAGAUAAUCAUUUGACUUAUUUUUUACCUUACAGUUAAAAUAAGAUCUUGCAUAUCGUAUCUUCUAUAUUGAUUUUGCGAUGAUUAUAAAGUAUACUCAUGAAUGCUGUAAAGGAAAUUUUUUGAGAUUGUGAACAACUCUGACAGCGCUUCAAAUGCUCUUUUCCCCUGGAAAGCUCUCAUAAUACAGAAUAAAAAUAAAUAAAGUUCUCCAUUACAUCUAC